AAUUAUCCAUCUUUCUCUGCGUUAUUGUGUUCAUGUGCUCCCUGUGCUCUCUCUGUAUAUCCUGUGAACCACACCAUGGGCAGCACAAACAAAGUGGAACGAGAGGAGGACCUUCUAGAUAGAUGUUUCUGAUUCCAACUUCGAGCGCCAUACCCGAGUUGAACAUAUCCAGGUUAAUUAUGAACACCCCCUCCAAGGAUGGAAUCUGGAACUAUGCGUAACCGGAUCUCCAGACAUGAUUGUGGCUUUUGGGUUCAAGUGGCUAAGCAGCCUAUUUUCAAUGCGGGAAGAUUAAGUUGCCGUCAUCGCAACCUCUCGUCGUGGCUGGGUGGGGGUAUUUUUGUGCAAGGCGGCUUUACGUGCAAUUUGUUUUUUUUCCUCAUGUCGGAUUCGUUACCUAGUCUUUCCGACGAGAGAUUCCGCGAAGCUACGAAAGAGUCGCACGUGAGGUUAUAGGGCUGUCUUCCACUCAGGCAUGCUUGGGACCAUUUCACAAGA